GGAGAGUGAAAGGCGGGCGCGGGAGAGGACGCAGAGAGGACGAGGGGUUGGGGACGCCCUUAUGUAACGCUCGCUUUCCUCCUCUCCCCCGGCGGACGAAAAGGAGGAGGAGGAGGCGAAGGGGUGAAGCCCCUCCGCCUCCCCCUCCUCCGUUCAGAGACCGUUCAAAAGCAGAGGACCGCGACCGAGCUGCAUCACAACUCGUCCAUUAUUCUCUCGCAUCGGGGGUGCGCGUCCGGCGGAAAAACAAACAAGAAACUUCGACGUUCCGAGAUCACCUUUACCUUUUGGGGUCUCCAUUUCGGACAUAAAGUGUCCGCCUCCUGAGACUGUCCUCUCUAUCGAGUGUCCUGUUCGUCUCAUCUGUGGCGACGUUCUCGACAGCUAUUGAGCGAUUCGUCAUCCAUAACCCCCGUUCUCCGACACGUGCUCAGAUGAUGACUCGAGGUCCGUGCCGGUCGUGGGGACCCCUCGCGGUGGCGGCGGCGCUGGCGCUAGCCUGGUGCUGCCAGCCCUGCCAGGGCCACGGCAGGCUCAUGGAACCGCCGUCCCGGUCGUCCAUGUGGAGGAUGGGGUUCAGGACGCAGAAGAACUACAACGACAACGAGCUCUUCUGCGGCGGCUACGCGGUUCAGUGGCAACGUAACAGUGGCAAGUGCGGUGUUUGUGGCGAUCCCUGGAGUCAGCCGAACCCUCGCGACAACGAGGCCGGUGGCAAGUACGCCAAGGGCAUCAUUGUUCGACGCUACAAGCGAGGACAGGUGAUGAACGCGAUGGUCCAGCUGACAGCCAACCACCGGGGAUACUUCGAAUUCCGGCUUUGCCCAGUCAACGAUUCCAGAGUCGCCGCAACGGACGAGUGCAUGGCCAAGCACCCGCUCAAAAUAGCCGACGAUUCCACGGGCUCUACCCGCUUCAUGGUCGACAACGGCAGGGCCAUGAACUUCAACAUCAGCCUUCAAUUGCCAAAGGACAUGACGUGCAGCCAGUGCGUCUUUCAAUGGAGUUACACCGCGGGGAACAACUGGGGACGCUGCGAAAACGGAUCAAGCAAGGUCGGCUGCGGUCCACAGGAGACCUUCCGUGGCUGCGCCGACAUCUCCAUAUCGGACGAACCCGUGUUUUACUCCAGCGAUGACGACGAUGAUGUCCCACCUAGUCAAAGCCCAUCCCAGACGACACGUCGAACAGCCACCAACGUUCCCUGGUGGAAGACCACGUACGCCACUGCCCCCCGAAGACACUACACGUCAGCUCCGAGGUUCACGAGCCCCAGAACCACGCCAAGACCGCACCACGAGGUCGAAAGUCGACAUCCCGCCCCUAGUCCACCAUUCAGAGGUGGUCACCCCAACAGUCACCCCGGAGGAAGCCAUCCUGACGACCGGGAGGUUGAAGGAGGACAUGGUCAUCGUCAUCCGGGUGCUACGACCGAGGGUUACGACCACGAAGACAACCCUACUCGUGGCUACCCGGGCGUCUUCAAGCCAGUCCGACCAGUGGGCCCCGGCUUUGGUGGGAAGAUUCCAUCGUAUGCUCCGGGCUCUGGUGGCAAGGUUCCUGCCUACGGUCCGGCCUUCACGCUGCCUCCACGUACGAUGAUGCCCAGGAGGUACACGCCCAAAGGCCGCGUUACCUACCGCUUCAAACCGACCACCGUGGUUUCGUUCAAGACGACCAAGAAGGUCCCAAAGGUGCCGCCGGCCACGAAGCCCCCCGUUACCAAGACUGUAGGAGGCUGUAAGAGCGUGGGGACCUGGAGGCGGCUUCCAGGAAUGGACAAGUGGUGCUGGGAAAAUUGCACCAGGGGGUACUGUCCGCCGACUCACUGCGCAUGUUAUUAGACGGAAGUCGUAUGGAGAUGCUUGUAUCACUCAAUGCCGCCUUAAACAAUAACGUCUCAUCAUCUGAGAAUUUGAGACGUUGUUCUAGAGAUUUUUUUUAAUUAUUAAUAUUUCCAAUUCAGCACCUUUUCGAAGGCUUCCCGAGAUUAGAUUUUUUAUUUUUAUUUUUUGGAGUAGCGAAAUCAGUUAACCAGCUUUGCCAAUCGCGUGGCAUUCUUGUUGCCAUUCCAGAACCGAACACAGAUGUGUUUGCCACAUACUAGUCUAGUUUACAUUAGUUUAGUUAAGUAAGCCAGACGUUUAAGUCGGUAAAUUUAUGAAUCAACUCUAGCCCUAUAGAUACGUUUAGCGCCAUGAGAUUCACGGGCGCGAACGCUUUGAUUUUCGUGCAAGCGUAUUUCGAUAGCGCUUUAAUGAACGCAGCGCAGGUUCCAUUGUAUUUAUUUUUCUUUAUCCGACAAUAGGCUCGUUAAUGCAGAUGAAACCGGAAUGAACAGAUUUCCUUUAACGUUGUUUCCAUAAACGUUAUUCGCGGAGCUAAGGGAGACGCAAAAUAAACGCCGGGUACCACCGAUUACGCAACGCUUUUACCAGCUCCCAUUAAGACGCUCCCCCCUCCCCCACCCCCCUUUCUAUUUUUGUCCUGAUCCUAAGGCAAACUGCUGCGACCCCCAUUGAGCCAAAACUGCUAUGUGAUAUCACGGCUCUAGAAAGUACCAAACGAAAUUAAGCUUAGUAGGGUAAGUUCCCUGCGUGUGUUUGUGGCCACAAGGUUACAGAGCUGGCGGAUUUAGUCCAAUGUACGCGUCAGUGAUAAUAUGCGCGUACAUUUGGUGUAAACUAUGUACGCCGAUGCAUACACAGUUUAUAGGUAGGCAUGUAUGCUUGUAUGUAUGAUAGAAACACUUGUGGUCAGGUGUAAAGGCGAAUAACGCGCUAGCCUGACGGCGUAGAGCGUGGAGCACUUUUCAGAAAAUUACACAUGAGCCAGCCCGUGGCAAAUUUCGUCUGAAGAAUGCCUUCCAAGUGCUGAAACAUACCGCAUGUCGAAGAAGAAUGCAGCUGAAAUCACAUGGGCUUACUGCUCGUGCGGCAGUGUUCUAAGAGUAGUCCAAGUCACUGGUGCGUCAGUUUUAGAAGAGAAUUCUACUACUGGGAAACCUGUUUUUGCAAAGGGUUUUAAACGCUGAAGACACAAAGCAAUUGUUAAUAGUAUUUUAGGUAACGUCGAAGCAAUACUUUCACUGCUUGUUACCUCACCCUUCUGUUAUACAACUGAUCAUUAAAACAAUCGUAAAACAAUUUUGUGACAAUCCUUAUUACAGAUUUUAACAGAAAAUACAAGUCGCAGUCGACUUUAAAAUCGCAUCUUGUCUUUCCAUGUGUCACAAAAAAGCUCGAAUAUUCAGCGGUUGUACUCGCUAUGUUUGUGUGUGCGUGUGUGUCUGUGUAUUUUACAAUUUCCACCCAUCGUGUCGCUGGUUCGAUGCGCGUUUUAUUUGUAUGUUUUACUCUAUUUAAAUAUCAUUUUUACUCAAAACUCGAACCAUCUUUUACACCAACUAAAAUAAACGAGUGCAAACACGGGUAUCUUAGUGAGCUCAGCGCAAGUUGACUGUGCGCGGGUUUGAACCGUCAAACCAAGGUGUAAUUUCUAGAAAUAGAUACAAUAAACUGCCAGGGCUUUACUUCGGUAAAUUCGAACUAAUUAGGUCGUCUGUAUUUCUCUUCCCAAAAGAAAUAGUUGCCUGUGUAUCAAUUAAGGUAUAAACAUGGCUUCCACAAACGGAGGUAUUAAUUCGCGCAAACGGAGUCCGUCCAGCAUUACCACCUGCUUAUUAUUCCUUCAAGAUCAUACCUUGUUUUGUGUAUGUUUUCAGUUACUGUGGUGUGAAUUUUUACCGAUCUCUUUUCGUACUUUGGACACAAUAAAGAAUGCUGUCUACGACCCGUAGAAGCAUGAAAGAAAGCCAAUUACACCACUGUAGCCUUAUUGAGUGAGUGAGUGACCCCGGGCAUGAUCUCCAAUCGUCUUCUUUUCCGGAUUCCCGGGUUGAGAGUUUUUUGGUAUGAAACUGCGUGGGCGUGGCACAAGCUAGCUCAAACAUCCCUUUGAGCAACGAGGCUAGAUUAUGUAGGCUGUACUGAGCUACGGCGGUCUAUAAUCGCUAACAGAUUAAGAAAUUCAAGACAAGCGUUUCCCGCAAAACAGUCUACUUUCCAUUUUAGAAGAGCGAUCGCAAGAGAGGAGGCGAAGAGGGACUCGCCUCACUUUCAAGCGUUCGCUCCUUCAAAGUUAAAAGAGUGGUAGCUUUGUGGGAGUAGCUUGCUCUGCAUUUUAAACAUGUCGUCGACUGUAGAUUGAGCUCCCGGUGCCUUGAUUUUCUGCUCGUGUUGGCUUAACUUUUGUCCCCGAGUUACUACAGGGAAGCCUCUUCCCCUUCGCUUCGUACUGGUGCCUUUUCUUUGGUCGAGUUUCCUACCAAGAAAUCCUCGAGCCAAGUGUCCGAAAAUGGGCACCAGUUAUUUCCGAAAGAGCAGAGCCUCUGCGAGAGAGAUGGAUUUGUCGUCAACGAUGGAAUGAUUUAUGUUUGUGUCGACGAGCCAAGAACCAAAACCAAUACUCGGGGGGAGGUUGAUUCUCUCCUCUGCUUACAUUUCCUUAGCCUUCGUCGUCUUGUGAUUAUGUGACUAUUGCUCCUUCUCUCGGUCCUAGUUAUGUGACUAUGACUCGAUGAGUAUCAACAGUGCAUACAGCAGUGCCAAGUUUGUUUCUCUCCUGGAGAACAGCGUGAUUUACUGUGUCGUGCCUCGACAUUUGUUUUUGUUUUGAAUAAACAACUUGUAACCACAAAAA